AUGGAAAAUAAGACAUUCAGGCUUUUUGGACUGAUCUUAGCUGUGAUCCUUGGAUAUAGAUGUACUACACAAUUCCCCCAAUCCAUAUCUACUGCUCGACUUGAUUCAGCAAGUUUAGGCGUUUUGCCCAAUGGACAUCUAUACAACAUAUCUUCAAACUAUAUUAACCUGACUUUGGAACUAUUUCAUAUUGCAAUUGUCAAUGACGAAGCGGCUUUGGUCUCUGCCUUAAAGAGGCACCAGUGUGAUACUCUAAGAAUACACAAUGCUAUUACUGCUCCAAUUACUGUCGAGCAGAAGAUAAAGCUAACCCAACUCUUAGCUCAAAUAAUUCGAGCCAUUCCUUAUAAAAGCCUUGAGUUUGUUGGAUUUAACUACCCCACAUCUUUUGCUAAUGAGCAGACAAGUACUCCAACUCAAUCCAACCCUUCAAAGCCAAUCGCGGCCAACUUCAACACUAACACAAUCUAUCCAGAGGUAAUUCUACUGCUAGCCCGAUGCAAUGCCUCUUUUGCAAUGGAUAUAGCACCAAUAUUACACGGUGUCGCAAUAGUCAAGGGAAUUGGUUGCCUACAAUGCAAUACAUUCUCUCUUGACUGGAUUCACCGCCUUCGAGUGCCAUCUACCCAUCCACUUUUCAUAACCAUAAUUCAAGAUAGCUCUAGAAAAAUCAUUCUAACUCAAGCACCUCAAGAUAGCCUUACCUCUCGGAUUGAAAUACACCUCAACUUGUGCCAGACCAAUAGCCAAUUAGAGCCCAAAUGCAACACCGACCUAGUACACCUACGCAACUUAACACUUCAAAUUAGUCUUCAGGGCCAACAAAACCUGCUGUCUCUUCAACAUUCUGUUGAGUUAGGAAAUCUAGAGAUCUUUGGACUAACCAAGAGCAUAGUCAAAAGUUACUGCAGUAUACCAGCCACAAUGCAUGACUACAAGCUAUAUUUAAGCCAUUUAAACAUUUGCAUUGACAGUAACUUUGAUUUAGACCCAAAGGAGCAUGAUCUAUUCCGUAAGUUUUUGGGCCAAAUCGGCAUUGUCCUCACUACCCCGACGGCCAACGAUGAUCUUCCCAAUACCAACCCAGCUCAGCAUGUUGCAGCCUCUAGCAGUACUUCACCUCAAUGGUGGAGAAACAAAAACCAAGUUGAUGAGUCUCUUCAGUUCUCCAAACUACCCGACAUAAACGUAAACAGCACUUUACUGCCACCCAUAACCAUCAACAUCGAAGACAUAACCUCUAACUUGAGCGCUCGCGAGGAACUGUUCAUGAGCAUAAACAUGCCUCCACAGCCUAUAUAUGCUGAGGCGACCAUUCAAGUCAAAGAUCAAACUGAGCAAGAGUUUGACCGAAACCGUAUUGAUUGCCGGCUACUAACUUACUUAAUCUCUGAUCUCGUCCAAACAACCAGCAGAGCAAUCAAAGCCAUCAACACACCCAAAGCAUACCAUUCAACCGCCACAACAACCAGCAUUCCAAUAAUAGCUCCCUACAGCACCCGCAUACAAACCCUGACUUUAGACGGAUUUGCUUUCUCUUAUCUCACAGGCCUACUAAACUCACUAGAAAUCAACACUCUUGGACUAAUAAUCAGAAUCAUCAACACCAGGAUUCCAUCACUUGAGUCCUGUCUUGCACUUCUUGAUGCUCCAAAUUGCCAACUAAUUACACUCCAGGUUUCAGCAGCCGACAUUCAGUCCUUUGACGCCACGGCCAAAUUUGAUUUCCCCCACACUAUUCUCGCCCGGCUUUUUCUACUGGUUGAUAUUGACAUCAUCUCAGCUCUAACUCUAAUCACACACGAUAAACUAACAAUACCAAUCUGUUUUUCUCAUGACUUCUACUACAACCCAAACUAUCACUCACAGAUAUGCAAUCUGCCAAAACAAACCGACCUCUUCUUAUACAAUACCACGUUUGACCAAAUCAUGCAAAUUAAUACUAAUUCGGCCCAACUCCUACCUCAAAAUCUAAGCGGUGUUAAUUGUCAUAUUUAUUUCGCAGCUGAGGUCGAACUAAUAACCGCCUCAAAUGCCAACCAAAUGUUCAAAUACCUCCAAACACAUUAUCAAACUGCUAAUACACUCACCCUUUACUUUGCCCAGCCUAUCGUCAAUGAAGCCACAAUUACUACUCUCACCACCUUCUUGCACACAACACCAUUCCAACAGGCAGACCAGGGCCUCUACCUAAUUCACAACACCAACUUGAUCCCCUCAACCAUCUACCUUACCCCUUCUGAAUCUGAAUCAACAAGAAGUACUGAUAGUUAUGGAAGGACCAGCGGCCCAUAA